AUGGUCCGGAACAACCACAAAGAGCUGGAGAGGCUUAAAGUAGGUGAACGUUUUGGACAAGCAACUCAGAAGGAGAGAGGAUCUGCUACAGUCAUGAUUUUGACAGAGGACAUAGAGAUGGACCUGUUUUCCGUUAUAGGCACGUUUGCUAUGCCAAUAGCAGUAAUUCCGCAAUACCAACAGGAGACAACGAGACAACAACCUGAACACCCCCUAGUAUCACUCCCGUUGGAGGAAGAUGAUAUAGGACCACCUAAACAGCAGAGGGAGACUGUUACACCUGUAAAGAUUGAGAAAGAAUCUAUACAAAGGAUUACAAAUAACACCUUUGAGAGCAUUGAGAUCGAAAUGGAGAUGUUUCCGCCCUCAGGCUUGACUGAAAGUGAUGUGGUGGAGAUCACUCCAGAUGACCCUUCUGUCAUGACCAGGACACCAGGACCAGUUGUCCCAGUCUCACCAGAACCAGUUGUCCCAGUCUCACCAGAACCAGUUGUCCCAGUCUCACCAGAACCAGUUGUCCCAGUCUCACCAGAACCAGUUGUCCCAGUCUCACCAGAACCAGUUGUCCCAGUCUCACCAGAACCGAUCCGACCAAGCAAACUGAAAUGGAGAAGAAUCACACCAGGGAAGACUUGUUUGGUGGUUAAAGAUGUGAUCUGCCUGCCACAAGGCCACUACCUGGCUCAGGAGGACAGGCACAGUGUCCCCAGAGGCCAGGAGAGGGACGAGCUCGCUGCCAUGGGCCUCAUCGCUAGGAUAACCAUAGACAACUCCUGGCUCCAUCAUGAAAUGGAGAGCCGCCUUGCCUCACUGUUCAGGAGCCGCUUCUUCAGUGGACGCGAACAAAGAUUCACCUUCACAUACCUUCAGUGUCUGCAGAGCUCUCGUGUGCUGUUUGUUCCAGACACCCCACCACAGUUCUCCUGGAGUGGGGAACAGGUUUUGCGGAUAGCAGGACAUGGCCCCCUUUAUAUUCUCAGUCACUAUGAUUUCAUGAGCUUUGAGAUAGAAUGUGAGUGGCCAACAAACAACGCACCAGUAAUUAACAGUCAUGAUUUCUUGGUGGAUGACAAUGAGGAUGAGGAGGAGGAGGAGAGAAGUGUAGAGUCUCCCCUGCCUGUCACCACUGAUGAGGAGGUCAUUUCGGACCUGGUCACCAUCCUCCAAACAUACAGAGAACAAAACUCAAUGCCUGAAAUCCAAACACACAUGUAUGUGAGGCGGAGAGACAUCUUCAGAAGUGCACUCAAGGUGAUGAGGAAGAAGUCAUUCUCCAUCAAGACAACUCCUCUCUUCCACUUCCUAGGAGAGGAUGUUGAUGACUAUGACGGCCCUUUGAGAGAGUUUUUCAGACUCAUCAUGUUAGAGUUGCAGGAGAGCGGUAUCCUGGAGGGUCGCCCGGGGCAUCUGUUGUUUGCCUGCAACCAGGCUGCCCUGGAGGAGAGGAGGUACUACGCUGCAGGAGUCAUGGUGGCCUGGUCUCUGCUGCAUGAUGGUCCUGGACCAUGCUGCCUACACCAGUCCCUCUACCAGCUCAUGUGUGGCCAAAGCCCUCCCCUGGAAGACUUCAACUGGAUGGACAUCUCUGAUGUGGAUGUACAGAUGAAACUGCAACAGGUACAACACAAGACAUAA